CCGAUUGGGUCACUUUCAAACUCCUAUGGCAACAUGAGUGUUGUUUCCUACGAAUUGAUUGUCACCUCCCCUAUCCCGCCGGCUAAGUUGUAUAAAGCCUUUGUCCUUGAUUCCGAUAUUCUCCUACCAAUGAUUGUGCCACAGGCCAUUAAGAGUGUUGAAAUCCUUGAAGGAGAUGGAGGGCCUGGAACCAUAAAAAAAGUUACUUUUGGAGAAUGUAGCCAAUUCAAGUACUCGAAGCAUAAGAUUGAAGCGAUUGAUAAAGAGAGCUUAAAAUUCAGCCAUAGCGUGAUUGAAGGCGACAUUUUAGUGAUUGAAAAAAUAACUUACGAUAUCAAGUCUGAGCAAUCCCCUGAUGGAGGAUGCAUCUGCAAGGAGAGCACCAAUUACUAUACCUUUGGUGACUUUGAGCUUAAUAAAGACCAACUUAAGGCUGGCAAAUAUAAGGCCUUAGGAAUGUUCAAGGCUGUUGAAGCCUACCUUUUGGCUAAUCCUGAUGCCUGCUAA